AUGAGCGAAGUCCAAGCAAGCGCGAUACCCGAACUUUUCGAGUCUCGCAAGCGUAAAAUUCUUGCAGAACUCUCCGUUCCUGACGCAGAAUACACAGACCUUUCACCCAAGGGUUCGGUCGAUGAGGGUAUUCGGGACCUCAUCCAAGACAUCAAUGGUCUUCCAGGCUUGGUAACCACCAGUAGCUGUGCGGGACGCAUCAGUGUAUUCCUCGAGGGAAGGAAAAAGCAGCUGAAGCCACAAGAGGAGCAAGUGAGACAGUUCGUAGCCUCGGGGGGUAAAGGAGCUGGAAAAUGGCUGUACGUCUCUCAUGAUCCCUUGCAAGGCUAUGAUGCGCCACGUGGCGGCGAAGGCAGCUAUCAAGGGAGACCAUUGCAUAAGUUGUUUGGAAUGGUCCCUGGCGAUGGAAAACCCCCUGGCCUGAACAAACAAGGAAAAGCCCCGCGUCUCGUGCGCUUCCAUUUCGAGCCUUUGAUUCUUCACAUCAUGACCGCAACUCUACACCAUGCUCAUCCUGUAUUAUCUGCCGCAUCGAGCUCUGGCUUCCGCGAAAGCGGAUUGCAGAGUUUGCGCUGUCUAGAGGGCGACUAUGGGACUAGGGGCGAUGAUGGUCCUAGUCCCAUCGUCGCUGUGCGCUCCGCGGGCUUAUCAUUGGAGUCAGUUAUUGGGUAUUGCGAAGACGGCGACGCCAAUGAUUCGACGGCAGGAAACGAGCCAAUCGUCCACAGCCUGGUAACAGAAGAAUACCUACAGAUGCUCGUUGCAAUCUCAAAUGAGCGAUUCUCAGUAAAUACCGAGCGGAAAGAGAGGUUCCGAGAAAAUUUGCUGGAUUUAUACUCUGCGAGCCAGGGGGCAAAGUCGAAAAAGAAAACCAAACCGCCCGGCUGGGAGGAUGCCCAGACACGGCGAGAGAGGAUGAGAGCGGAGGGUCUGUUGAGAAAGCAACGCCUCCAGGAUGAGGCGAAAAAUAACGAGGCACAAGAUACGCUGCCCUGGAGCUGGGGCGAUGGAGAAAAUGAUAGCACUACAGAGUUAGAGGAGAUAACGGGAAAAUGA